GGGCGACUCAGAGCCCUGGACGCGGGGCUGAGACCCAGGCAGCCUGCGAUCGCCAUGAAGCGGCCCAGGGAGCCGAGCGGCUCGGACGGCGAGUCGGAAGGACCCAUCGACGUGGGCUGCGAGGGCGAGCUGAGCCAGAUGGCCAGGCCGCUGUCCACCCCCAGCCCUUCGCAGAUGCAAGCUAGGAAGAAACGCAGAGGGAUCAUAGAGAAACGGCGCCGAGACCGCAUCAACAGCAGCCUUUCUGAAUUGCGGCGCUUGGUCCCCACUGCCUUUGAGAAACAGGGCUCUUCCAAGCUGGAGAAAGCCGAGGUGUUGCAGAUGACGGUGGAUCACUUGAAAAUGCUGCAUGCCACUGGUGGGACAGGAUUCUUUGAUGCCCGAGCCCUGGCGGUUGACUUCCGGAGCAUUGGUUUUCGGGAGUGCCUCACCGAGGUCAUCAGGUACCUGGGGGUCCUGGAAGGGCCCAGCAGCCGUGCGGACCCCGUCCGGAUUCGCCUUCUCUCCCACCUCAACAGCUAUGCAGCUGAGAUGGAGCCUUCGCCCACACCCACCGGCCCCCUGGCCUUCCCCGCCUGGCCCUGGUCUUUCUUCCAUAGCUGUCCGGGGCUGCCAGCCCUGAGCAGCCAGCUCGCCAUCCUGGGAAGAGUGCCCGGCCCUGUCCUCCCUGGCGCCUCCUCUCCCACUUACCCCAUCCCAGCCCUCCGAUCCACUCCCAUUCGCAGGGCCACUGGCACCAUCCUGCCACCCCGGAGGAAUUUGCUGCCCAGUCGAGGAGCAUGUUCCACCCGGAGGGCCCGCCCCCCAGAGAGGCCAGCUGCCCCUGUGCCCGUGGCCCCCAGUAACAGGGCUGCCAGGAGCAGCCACAUCGCUCCCCUCCUGCAGUCUUCCUCCCCCUCACCCCCUGGUGCUGUAGGGUCCGCUGCUUAUGUGGCUGUUCCUGCCGCCAGCCCAUCCUCCCCAGGGCCAGCUGGGAGGCCGGCAGGGGCCAUGCUCUACCACUCCUGGGUCUCCGAAAUCACUGAAAUUGGGGCUUUCUGAGCUGGCCCCCACCCCCACCCCUAGGAGUGAGGAAGGUUCUUUUUCCAGGAGCUCUAAAAGUGGCACUGCCUUUUCUACUUUGC